CAGCGUCCAACCGCCGUUGGAGCGCUGAUCAGCAGCUAGCAAUUGCCACUUCGCCACCGCCAUGCCAAUUCCCCACGCCACUCGCACCACUACCCAUGGCGGACGCCACUCCCACGAAACCCAUCAACAAAGGUUUUUCCAAAUCCGCCGUCCAUGACGCCGCCGGAAAGGCCAAGGCCAAGAACAAAGCCGCCUUCAACGUCGACGUCGAGGAUAGGCAUGCUGGCGACACCGCGGAGCUGCCGGCCGAGCAGGGGAACCGGGGCCGGCUGCUGCGGUGCGCGUGCUGCGGCCUGGUCGCGCUCACCGCGGUGGCCGCCGUGACGAUCCUGGUCCUGUCACUCACCGUGCUGAAGGUCCGGGACCCCGACAUCACCAUGGACUCCGUUACCGUCGAGCGCUUCCACGUGGACCUCGGCCUCCCGCUGCGCAUCAACGCGACGCUGUCUGGGGCGAUCGUGAUCCGGAACCCCAACUACGCGUCCAUGCGGUUCGGCGCCAGCACCACGGAGAUCUUCCUCGACGGCGUGCCGGGCCGCGUGGGCCUCGGCAGCGCGCCGCCCGGGGAGGCGUCGGCGCGGGGGGCUAGCACGGUGCGCGCCGGCAUGGACGUGUUCCUCGACAGGGUGGCCCCGGCGGUGGUCGAGGAGGUGCUGUUCGGCCGCGGCGAGGUGCGGCUCGCGAGCCGGACGGCGGUGGACGGAAGGAUCAGCGUUCUCGGCGGGCUGUACGGGCGCCGGCAGGUGCGCGUGGCCAUGCGUUGCCGGGUCGUGCUGCACGUGUCGGCGGUGGUCGUCGUGGCCGGCUCGCCGUCGUGCGUCGCGGACUUCGGGCGCUGA